CCCCCAAACCCACCCAGACCUCCAUCCCAUCCCCACAUCCCCAACCCCUAAGGAUGGGCGCGUUGCCCAUAGCCCCAUUACUCACCCCACAGUGGAGACUGCAAACCUGGCACGGAUUUUGCCCCGCACCAGCAGCGCUUCCAAACAAAAUUCUGAAGGAACUGCAGUCGUUCUGCCAAUAAAUGAUCAUUUCCUGCACCGGAAAUCACCAGCGCCGCUACUCAGAGCCUUUACUGGCAGCAGCCGCCUGUGUCCUUCAGCCCUGGCGGAGGGAAUUGCUGAGGUGGCGAGGGAGAAAGGGAAGUAGGGAGUUGGGGCAGCCUUUAUCACGGUCCUGCAGCCCUUCACCCCGCAAAGCAGAGCCAGAGUGGAGCUGAGCAUUGUGCAGACAGUGCUGUGCGUCCGUUGCUGAGCCCGGAGGCGUUGAGGACACAUCAUGGGCAACUGCAUGCCGAGGAGCCCUGAAAUCGUAGCAAACAGAACCUCCUUGCACCUUCUGGACUUCUUCAAUACUAGUGACUACUACAUGAACUACGACUACGACGACUUUGCGGCCGCACAGCCAUGCUACAACCACUACUGCCCCUUCUUCCAGCGCGCCGCACCACCAUACCUGAUUGCCACCAGUGCCACCUCCCUCGUGGCCACGGCUGCUCUGCUGCUGGCUCUGCGUUCCCACUCCUGGCCCCAUGGCCGCACAUUUGUGGCCCAACUGGCCGCGUGCUGCGGGCUGUUCGCCAUCACGUUGCCGCCGAUGGCUGCGGGCAUCGCUUGGGGGUGGCAGGUGGGCGAGGGGCCGUGCAGGGCUAUGCUGCUGCUGUGGCAAGGCAGCGUGUUGGCACAGGGGCUGCUGCUGGGCUCCGGGUGCUGCAAUUUGUGGGGCCGUGGUUGGUGCAGGGCGGUGGUGCCUUGGGUGACGGCGAUGGUGAUGGCGGUGCCGGCGGCGCUGAGCGGUGGCAUCGUGGGGACGGGGCUGAGCACGCAGUGCGUGUAUCGCAGCGUGGAUGUGGACUCUGUUGUGCAUCUGCUGCAUCUCACCGUGUGUUGCUGCGUCCUCCUGCUGCUGCCCGCAGCGCUGCUGAUGGCUGCAGUGUGGCGGGGGACGUGCGGUGAGAUGGGGAGCCGGGUGUGGUGGCUGUUCUGGGUGUUAUGGGCUCCCCAUGGGGUGGUGAUGGUGGUGGAGGUUCUGUUGGAGGCGGGGGUGAUGCCGGCCAACUGCAGUGUCUUUGAGAGCUUUGAUUUUGCAUUGGGGUUGAGCGCGGCGCUGGGGGGGCUGCACUGCUGCCUCACGCCCCUCAUGCUGCUCCUCAGUGCCUUCUGUGGUCACAAAGUGGGGGGAAAGUGCUGAGCGCCCCAAAAGGGCACCCACAGCCCCGUCCCACACCCCCAUGGGUGGCCCCAAUGGCCCUGGGUCACAUUCCUCAGCACUGCUUCCCCUGCACCCAUUGCUCCCCCUGCACCCAUGGGUGCUGUUGGCCUUAAGCUCCCUGUGGGUGGGUGGCACUGUUCCCCCAGAACCCCACAAAUGCUAUUGCUCAGCACCCAUGGGUGCCCUCCAAGCACCCCAGGAGUGGUAUUUACCCCCCUGACAAACCCUGACUCCACCACCACCCGGGUAGGGGGUUCUAUACAAUAAAUGUCUCUGCAGAUCCAAUGCCCACAGCCUGGUUUAAUGCCUGGGGGGGGGAGGAGGGGGGUUCUCCUUCCCCAAAACAGGCCUCAUCUUCACACCCCACUGCUGCCCCAUGACUGACCCAUGGAGCUCUUCAUAGCCACUCCAUGGAGCUCCCCACUUCCACCCCAUGGCACUCCCCACUGCUGCCCCACGGAGUUCCCCAUGAGCACUGUGGGCUGAGCCCCUUUGCUGGCACAGCAGUGGCUGUGGGACACAGUGUGGGGUAGCUCAGUGUUUCCUGAGGAUGCCCAUCCCCGGGAGCAACACGUUCCAUCCCAUUAUCAUCUCCGGUUUCCUUCCCAUGGGAGUAUGGGGUGGAAGCAGGAGGAACUGCUCCUGGGGCUCCGAAUAAAGGGGGGGGGGGGAAUGCUUAAUGAGGUGCUGUGAUUAAUUAGCAGGAAGGGAAAUAACUGAGCUCAGCAUUUGGCCAAUGCUUGGAAAUCCCCAUUAAGGAUGGUCCCGCGGUGACAA